UUCCGGUAAAACAAAACAGGCGCUAAGCGGAUAACCCUCUCUAUGUGUAGCAUCGUGUUGAUGAAUCAGUAGUGUGUUGAAGGAAACUUUUUUGCAAAGACAUCUUUAUUACAGUGCAAACAAAGCAUGAGUCAGUUGUCAGAUUCAGAUUCCUCUGAAGAUGAUGCACGUCCAUCAUUUGAAGGAUUUGGUAAAAGAUCCCUCAUGGGGGGAGGUGACAUUGGAGGAGGGGAUCCAGACAAUGAGAAGCCCCUAUCUAAAUACAUUAAGACAAACACUGGCACCAAGGCCUCUGUCAGCUCAGAGAAAGUUAGCAAGAUGAUGGAAAAAAUGGGAUACAAGGCUGGCACAGGUCUGGGAAAGUUUGGUCAAGGACGUGUGGAGAUCGUGGAGGCGUCCAAUCAGCGAGGUCGUCGAGGUCUGGGUCUUCACCUGGAUGGCCUUGAGGCAACAGACAUCGAGUGGAACUUUGAAGAGGAAGAGGUGAUCAUGGAGGAGGAAGUGGAGUGGUGCCCACCCUGUGUUUCUGCUGUCCCCUCCUUGGAGGAGAUGAUGACAUGGAAGCGUAUUGGACCAAAAAAAAGAGAUAUUGAUGAUGAAGACAUAUUCUGUUCACCAAAUAUUCUGCGACUGAUUCUAGGCAGCAAGUCCGUGUUUGAUCAACUGGAACCAGAGGAAAUGAGGCGAGCAAGAACAAGAUCCAAUCCUUACGAAACUAUCAGAGGCAUUUUCCUCAACCGAGCGGCAAUGAAGAUGGCCAACAUGGACGCUCUGUUAGACUUCAUGUUCACAACACCUAAAUCCCCUGACGGUCACAAAAUGGUUGGCUCCAAUGAACUGUUGUACUUUGCGGACAUCUGUGCCGGGCCGGGGGGGUUUAGCGAGUACGUUCUGUGGAGGAAGAAGGGGGAUGCGAAGGGCUUUGGCUUCACUCUUCGAGUCGGCAACGACUUCAAAUUGGAAGACUUCUUUGCUGGACCAAGUGAAAUGUUCGAACCUCACUAUGGUGAAGGUGGUUUGGAAGGAGAUGGUGACAUAUUUAGACCAGCCAAUCAGGAAGCUUUCACUAAGUUUGUCCUGGAAAACACAGAUGGAAAGGGCCUCCAUUUUGUCAUGGCGGAUGGCGGUUUCUCAGUGGAAGGACAAGAAAACAUCCAGGAGAUUUUAUCGAAGCAGCUGUACCUGUGUCAGUUCCUGGUGGCCCUGUCCACUCUGCGUGAAGGUGGCCACUUUGUGUGCAAGUUAUUUGAUCUGUUUACACCAUUCAGCGUGGGCCUCGUGUAUCUCAUGUACCAUGCCUUUGAGAAAAUUAGUAUCAUCAAACCAGUCACAAGUCGUCCUGCAAACUCUGAAAGGUAUAUUGUGUGCAAGUGGAAGAAGUGUGACAUUGAACCAAUCCUGCAGUAUAUGAGACACAUCAACCAAGAUCUGUGUGUGUACAUGGGGUCCACAUCCAAACAGGACGUCAAUGAAAUUGUCCCCCUUGAAAUGAUUACUGGAAAUGAGGAAUUCUUCAACUACAUCUUCAAAUCCAAUGAUGUAUUAGGAAAGAAACAAAUAAUUGGUCUCAAGAAAAUCCAAGUGUUUGCUCAAAAUGUGGAGCUGUAUGAGGAAAGACAAGCUGAUGUCCGAGCUGAAUGUCUCAGAAAGUGGCAGGUUCCGGAUGAAGUAAGGAAGGCUCCUCCACGAGCUGAUCCAUCCCGGAAGUUUGCGGAACUGAUUGCUGAUGAAAGUAAAGACUACUAUGAGCACACACCCACUAUCCUGACACACGAAAAUCUGUCCCACAUCAAGAGCGCCUACGACUACAUGUGUGCAGUCAUGGGAGAAGGACAACGUUUCUACAUUCUUGGUCUCGGGAAAGCCCAUGUAUUCAAGUGGGACGGGAGGGGGAAGUGUCGAUGGACAAAACUGGAGGAGAACCUGAGGUUGGAGCUGCCCCCAGAUACUUUGUUGGAGGUCGAGGAUGUUCAGGAACUCAAGGGGGAGGGCCGUGGCCAGAGACGUCAACGGACAAUACGUGCAAUAGAUGCCUUGUUUUUGUGUGGGAUCGAUGUACGAAACAAACACUACAAGGAGAGGUUUGAGAAAUUACAGAAAUUUGUGAAAGCAAUACGGAAGCGGACCCGUUCUGAUUUAGCACCAGUUACAGUUCCCACAGUGUUCAAGCUUGAAGAGAUUGAGCACAUAUUUGAUAGGUUGGAGAUGAAGAUUGUGAAGGGGUGUGCCGGGAAGCCACGGCUGUGCUACUGUACCGAGGACGGCAACUACUUCCACCCCCACGGCAUCUACUUCAUGAAGACGGUCAAAGAUCCAUGGAUGAUGGCGCUAAGUCGAUCGGCCAACAGGAAGUACUGGUACAACACAGCCAACAGAGAGUCCUCAUUCGAGUGCCGAUUAGAUUGUAUUGCAUCUGUCAGAGACUGCAAGAUGAACAGCCUCCAGUGGUUAUGGGAAAAAGGGGUGAAGGUGCACGACAGUCAAGAGGAGCGGAACCCUGGCAAGCUGUCCAGGGACGAUGUCAUGAACCACAUUGUAAGACUGAUGAAAUGAGAGUCAAGAUCCAAGAGUUUCCACAGGACAUGUUGAGACCAAGCUCCAGGUCACCAUGGUAACAGGUGCUUGUCAAACCUCCAAUACUGGCGGCAUCAGAUGCACAUGAUCUGAUAACAUCUCAAAGGUUUUCCUUCAUCAAGUUAUGCAGUGUGGAGGAUAUCUGACAGGGAUCUGUGAUUGGGACCUCUGGGACCAUCUGUGAUGUGUGAUCAAAGGAUCCCUUAUCAGAUGACUUCUUCUAAAGAAAGGGACUGUCGGUUUUAUGAAUGGAGGUCAGCGAUCCUUGUUUUGAACAAGAUGCAUUUGUCUCCACAUCCAUUAAAGGAACACCCUGUGACGGCCAUCAUGUUUUCCUAGAUCUCCAUCCUUGUUGCCAUGGAUAUGUGUGUGUUUGAUUCAGAGGAUAUCCUCAGGUGUGGCUUUAGUCAAGUCACAUGACAUCAACGACCCCUUGACUCUAAUGCCUAUUUUUGAACACUACUUUCCAAGUAGAAUCAUGUUUAUGACUGAUCAGUUUUCCAAAAUGAUGAUUUAGAUCCACUGAUAAUGUUAUGCUUGUCUGUAGAUGCUGGCAAAAUGAUUUAGAUAUACCAACACUGUUUAACUACUUGAAAAAUUGGCAGCAUGUAUUUCAAUAGCAGGUUGGUUGUUUAAUGGAGUCCGGCUUGAUGGUGUUUAGAUGACAGUAUACUGAUGACAGUGUGUUGAUGGCUUGUUAUCAAGAUAAAUAGUUAUUGGAUAAGUAAAUUUCUUGUUAGAUUUU